AUGAGCUCUCCACGUCGUGCCCCUAUUGCCAAGAAAGCUUGCACACGAUGCAGCACUCAGAAAAGGAAAUGCGACAGGGCAUUGCCUGAAUGCGGAUUAUGCUUGAGGCUUCGUCAAGUCUGCAAAUAUGAUAGCCGCCCGCUGGCUUCAUCGGGCCCGACUCCGGAUCCAUCACCUUCUCCUAGAUCAGAGAUAUCCCUCACCGCAGCCGCUUUCACACCAAGCCAGACCAAACAUGCUAUCAUCCAGAGACUCGGAUCCCUGAAGCCAGAGGAUAUCGUCUCGGUCUGCAUCCAAAUGAUUGACCCUUGGUUUCCAAUCAUGUCGAUCCCCAGAUUGCAAGCUCGGCUCCCACCUUCUUGGGAUGAAUGCAGUUUGGAUCUCGCACUUCUCUGCUUUUCGAUCAAUCUUGUCGCUACCACUCCUCCCGAGCUUCCGGAAGACGUCAAUGACCCGUCCGAGUUCAAAACCUCGUAUCUCUGCGCCAAGAGUUGGAUCUCACUGAUGGAAGGAUUUGGUAUCAACACGCUCGACCUUCUCCUGGCCAGGAUUCUGGUGACUUUAUUCGAGGUUGUACAUGGAAUUUAUCCAGCUGCUUAUCUAUCAAUUGCAAGCACUACCCGAGCAGCGGAUGCACUCGCACUCUAUCCUGGUGUGGAUGCUUCUCUGUCCGAGGACGAAGACAAUCGACAAGACGGAGUUUCAGGCUGGUGUGGGAUUUUGGUUCUAGACAGAUACAUUACAAUACAAUCUGGUUCUCAACCAUCUCUUACACGAUCACGAAUUCAUCCUCUCCACGCCAAGCUCAAGCCACAUAUCUGUCCCACUCAUGAUGAAGGCAAAGACCCGUCACUUCCUCUCUGCCGCCUUAGUAGACUUUUCGAAUCAUCCGCUCUGCUUGAUCAGAUUCACUCCGUAUUGUACAAUCCCACAUCGGAAGAGACAUUCAACGUGAGUGAGACCAUGUUGACCGUGGAUACGUUGCAUUCUCUCCAGACAAUCCUAGAAGGAGAGACUCCAGACAAUCGCAGAAUAUACUGUGGCGCAUCUAUUAUGUGCAAGAUCGGCUUACUCCUAGCCUUUGAGAAUGGCAGUAAAGUCUUUCCCGUCGAUGUUUCAACCACGACCUGCACUUACGUUGCAACAACGUCCCUCAAUAAUCUCAUCUCAGGUAUAGUUGAGUUAAUCGAACCCUUCACCCUUGGAGCUCGGCCACUCGAUUUCCGCUCUUUAACUCCGUUCAUCCCGUUCUUGGUGUACAAGACAGCGUCGAUCAUUACAGGAAGGCUCUGGUUGGAAAACGAUUCGAUUGAUGGAUUGAGGAAAUUGGUGAUUCUGAGAGACUUCUUGAAGCUGGUUGCGAAGAGAUGGCUUAGCUGUGAGAGGUACCUACAGCUUCUUAAUGAUGAUACAGCCCCAAGAGUUUUGAGAGCAAUAGAACAAGCAUGA